AUGGGGAAACUCGGGCGCUUUGCGUGCAUCUUCACGCCUAUGGUUCUGACGCUCCUGUCGUUGGUUUGCCUGCUCGUUGUUAUGGUCGGUCAACUUGGUAGCAGCGGAAACAAGGCUCCAAGCACCGUGUUGGGGCGCGACUUGUACUUCUUCAAGGCAGACACAAGCGGCUUUACCGCAGAUCCGGACAGUAUCGUCGACAAGGUUGAGAAUGCGACGAACAUGGAGAUCGACAACGACUUGCUCAACGCCCUCCAGGGCGCUGCUUCUUCCAAGGACAUGAAGGACUUCUACCAGGUCGGUCUGUGGAGCUACUGCACAGGCACAAAGGACAAGGACGGCAAGGAGACCAUCGAUUACUGCUCCUCCAGCAAGUCAACCUUCUGGUUCAACCCCAUCGACGUGUGGGGACUGAAUGGCACCAGCGCGCAAAAGGUGCUUGGCGACGACCUGCAGAAGGGCCUCGAUGCGUACCAGAAGGUUGCUGGCUGGAUGGUCUGGUCCUUCAUCAUCGCCGUGUGUCUGACGGCCGCCGAAUUCGUCAUCGGCUUCUUCGCUAUCUUCAGCCGCUGGGGUAGCUUCGUCGUGGGCAUCAUCUCCACCGCCCAAACCAUCUUCGUCCUCGGCGGCGCCAUAACUGCAUCGGCCAUCUACGGCGCACUCGUCGGCGUCUUCCACUCCGUGCUCGAGCCCUACAACAUCGACGCCUCCAUGGGCAAACAGAUGAUGUCCGUCCUCUGGAUCGGCGUCGCCUUCUCCGUCGGCUCCGGCCUCUUCUGGCUCGCGUCCAUGUGCUGCUGCUCGGGCCAGUCGGGUAAGUCGGGCAAGAAGGUCGUCGUCGAGAAGACACCAUACACGUACGAGAGGGUCGCUAGCCCCGCUUUCCCCCACCAGCAGCAACAGCAGCACAGCGGGUUUGCGCCCUCAGGCCAUGGCCAGAGCGGCACCGCCUACGAGCCGUUCAGGAGCCAGCGUGUGUAG